AUGGUGGUGGAGGGGGACAGGGCGCUGCUGGCCGCGAGGCAGGGGGACGUGCAGACUCUCAAAGUGCAAUUAACGGCGAAGGCGCUCACCGGCGACAUCAAGGAUGUGCUGGGCGCCUCGCCGGUCCACCACGCAGCCCGGGCCGGGAAACUAGCCUGCCUGCGGUUCCUGGUGGAGGAGGCAGGAUUGCCGGGCAACUGCGUGGCGAACAACGGAGCGAGCCCGGCGCAUGAUGCAGCAGCCACCGGCAACCUGGCCUGCUUACAGUGGCUGCUGACCCAGGGUGGAUGUCGGCCAGAGCACAGGGACAGUUCUGGUGCCACCGUUCUCCACCUUGCAUCCCGCUUCAGUCACCACGAGGUCACUGACUGGCUGCUGAAGAGUGGGGAGGCGGACCCCGGGGCCUCCACCGAUACAGGCGCCCUGCCCGUUCACUAUGCUGCUGCCAAGGGAGACCUGCCCUCUCUCCGACUGUUACUGGGGCACAGCCCAAAUGUUGUCAACUCCCAAACUAAGAAUGGUGCCACGCCGCUUUACCUGGCCUGCCAGGAGGGUCAUCUCGAGGUCGUCCAAUACCUGGUCAAGGAUUGUGGGGCGGAUCCAAGCAUCAGAGCCAAUGACGGGAUGACACCUCUGCAUGCUGCUGCCCAGAUGGGCCACAACACAGUCAUUGUCUGGCUGAUGAGUUUCACGGAGAUCAGCCUGACAGACAGGGAUGGUGACGGGGCCACGGGCAUGCACUUUGCAGCCAGUAGGGGCCACGCAAAGGUGCUCAGCUGGCUGUUGCUGCACGGCGGAGAGAUCGUCACUGACAACUGGGGAGGGACCCCGCUUCACGACGCUGCAGAGAACGGUGAACUGGAGUGCUGUCAGAUCCUUGUGGUCAAUGGGGUGGACCUGGGCAUCAAGGACCAGGACGGCUUCACAGCAGCAGACCUGGCCGAAUACAACGGCCACUCCCAGUGUGCCAAGUAUCUGCGCACAGUGGAGAACAUGAGUGUGGAGCACCGGGUUUUGUCUCGGGACCCCUCAACGGACCUUGAGUACAAGCAGCCGGACUCGGGCCUCUCAUCCCCAAACACCACCAUGCCCCCUGCCAGUCAGGCACCACACUUUGGCAUCAGUUCACCAUCCAGCUCCCUGUCCAACUACGACUCAGCCAACUCCAGCCAGUCCAGCACUGGGGAGAAAAGGAGCAGCUUAACGACGUCACGAGGCCCACCUGCUCAGCUGAACACAGUAGCGCACACAGGUGCAUCAGAGUCAGCCAUCUCAGACAUGCAAGCGUAUAUGGACAUGCUAAACCCAGACAUCGGCUCGGACAUGCCCAAGAAGGAUGAGAUACCUGCUGAUGCCACCUCCAAACCCCCGCCACCACCAACCUAUCCACCCCCACCUCCCCCACAGUCUCCCCCGGCGCUCCCACCACCCCCGAGCUACCCAGCGCCACAGCCCCCUAAGGAGCCGUCGUCAGCAGAGUUCCUGAAGGUGAAAAGCAACCUGCGGCACGUGGAAAGCAGCACCAGCAAAAGGGAGCAGCUGACUCCUGGAGAAAGUCACGACAAACUGCGGCGUGUGGAUUCAAACAGGAAGUCAAGGAGCUUCAGCAAGCAGCCCAGCACUGGGGACUACUACAAGACCCUGGGCAGCGACACAGCCGAGCCCCGAGGGAGCAAAGGCAUGGCGCCCAACGAGGAGGGCUCCGUGUUAUUGGAAGAGCCUACGGACAGCCCCGCCCACAGCUCUGAGAAUGGCACCACAGAAGAAUCAGUCGCGCCCCCACCUCCUCCACCUCCACCCCCUCUUCCCCCAAGCAACCCGACGCCAACACCCCCUCCUCCUCCUCCACUGCCCCCAGAGACGCCAACCACCCAGAAUCACUCUGCCAGUAGCACCUCCACCAACCAACGACGUCCUUCUUCCUCAUCAGGAAGCGGUGAAAUGUCUGCCUCUCAGGCAGAGGGAGGGGCACCAAGACAAAUGAAGAGCACAAAAUCUUUCAACAUGAUGUCCCCCACUGGUGACAACUCAGAGCUGCUGGCAGAGAUCAAAGCAGGGAAGAGCCUCAAGCCCACACCUCACAGUAAAGGCUACACCACUGUCUUUUCCAGCAGCGGACCCACAGGCAACAAUGGAAACACUGCAUCUCCACCAGAGACCCGCACAUCAAGCCCACCACCCAAGCCGCUAUCCCCUCCACCAUCCAAUACCUCUGUCUCCUCCCCACCCACCACCCCCAGUCCGAGCCCCAGUCCAACUGGCUCCGGAUCUGCCAGGACCAUGUCGACUUCUGCGAGCUACGAUCAGCUGUCCUCCAACUCUGUGAUCAAUGGGAACAGUGGUGGCGGCACAGCAGGAGCGGAGUCGGGGCGUAAGAUGAGCCUUGCAGAUGUGGAGGCGCUAGUGCCCACUCAUGACGAACAGGGGAAAGCCAUCCCAGAAUGGAAGAGGCAGGUGAUGGUGCGAAAGCUUCAGGUCAAGAUGCAAGAAGAGGAGGAGCACAAGCGCAAGGCUGAAGAAGAGGCUGCACGCCUGGCAUCGAUGCCAGCCUGGAGGAGAGACAUGAUGAAGAAGAAAAUGGAUGAAGAGAGGGAACAAAAAAGAAAAGCAGAACAGCAGGCCAAACAGGCCAAGGAGAUAGAGGAGAAGACCGAGCUGGAGCGACUACGGACCCUGGGCUACGACGAGACCAAGCUGGCCCCCUGGCAGCGACAGAUCAUUCUGAAGAAAGGGGAUAUAGCCAAACAGUGAACUGGGCCCUCUCCCCCUCCUUCGCCCUCCCUCACACACCCACCCCAAGGCCUUGACUAAACACCUGCCCUUCCCUGAUCCUCCACCCUGCACUGUACACUGGACAGUGGGGGAGAGUUUCUCUCCUUUAAACCCUGUCUCACUCUUCAGCCUCCAGAAACACAGGACCAUGCUGUGGUUGCUUCUGUCCACACCGGCUUUGAGGUUCAGCUGGGGUGAAACACAGCGGUGAAACACCUCCCAUUGAAAGUCUCAUGGACACAAACUCUUGGUCUUUUAGUGCUAAAACCCUAGACAUUUGCUAUAAAUGCAUGUGUCCUUAAUGAAAUUAAAUGAUAUAUAGGAUCUAUCCGUUUGCUUUCCUGCAAAUCAACACAAGCUAUUUCACAUAGAUUUACUCAAACAAAGAGGUAGCUGAUAGCUGGAGGAGAUGGGGGAAAAGCCUGUCAUUGCAUGUAUAAUUUCCCUUCAUUAGCCGCACUCACCAUUAUGUAAUGAAUGGAAAAGUAGCUCUAUAACAGUUGUGUCAUCUAAAGAUGGCAUGGACAUACUCAGCAAAGGCUUAUUAAACCCUGAAGCAGCUAAUGCAUUAUGUUUGUAGACAAUAUCACAUCUUUAUCAUGUUGUAUACAUAGUCAUGAGAUUUUUGUAUCAAGCUCAUAGAAGCACUUUCUAAAUGGCUUCAUUUUAUUGCCAGAGUUGUAAUCCUAACACUGCUAAUCUGUUUCUUUAGAUGAGCUUGUUGUCAUUUCUCUGUGAAUUUUGGAAUAUCGAUAUAUAUCCUAUUUUAAAUAAUGUAAAGAUUAUGUAGCUGUGCAAAUUGAAUUUUAUUAAUUUUCACCGGACAAAAGCUGCAAUAUUCCAAUCUAAGUUUUCUACAUGUGACCUAAAUGUUAAGAUGUUGUGAUUAUGAAUGUCAAACAUUGUGUGCAUGUGUCGGGCAUGUUGUGAUUUAGUAGAAAGCACAUUUGACCCCAGGGCCCUGGAUUUUCAGUGAAAAACAAAAGAAAGAUGCAAUCCUGCUAGGUUUCCAUUUGAACAUGGCCUUUUUCAAACAAAACAUGCACCUGUGAAGAGCCGCAUCUUACACCAGACAUCUCAGCUGCACACUGAAUAUUGCAGAAGUAGAGAAAAGUCAUCAGUUUGUCUUGUGUCCUGUUCCGGCCUUUGUCCCACUAACCUGGAGGAUAAAUCUUUGAUGAGCCGAUCUGCUUACAGAAUGCAGAGUGUGCCCUGUCGGCCAGAAACAGCUGUAACAUCUAAAAUGUACUGUUCUUUAGAUAAUGCCAGCUGUGUAUUAGUAAUCUGCAGCUGCUAGUAUGAAGAGUCCAGUUGUCUUUGGUUUAAACAUGUCAUUAUAAACAAGAUGAGCAAGACUUAUACAAUGUACUGUAUAAUUCACUCUAGAUAUUCUGGAUAUUCUUCAGAUAAUUUUUACAUGACACAAAUGGCAGGCUGAUCAUUAUACAGCUAUUUUAUUCAUAAUUUCUCCAGUCUAAACAGUUCCUUCCAGUCCCAGGUUUUGAAGCAGUAAUAGAAUUUGCUGGGCUUGGAAUCAUCAAUUUGGGGCUAAAUACAUGGGAAAUCGGUGUUGAAUGUUUUUUUUGGCAGAAUUGAGGAGACACAUUUUAAAUGUUAGCAGAGCAGGAAUUUGUCCAAUGAUAAUUAAAAGUAAAUGGACCUCACAAUCAUGCUGGAUGUCCUUUGCUGAGUGUGACACAUAAGUAUUCCCACAUCAUGGAAAAUUUUCCCUAUGUUUACUACAUUUAUGUCGGAUGUACAUUUUUACAAUUAUAGGGUACCAAGCUUACACAUCAUGUCAUCAACAAAGACAUGGUCCUGGUUGGGGAAUGAUUUGGAAAUAUUCUAAUUCACUGUCAUCGGAUGCCAUAUGAUGUUGAAAUUGAAAAUGAUGCAAACUUCAUUGCCAUUUGAUUUUCUAUAUAUAUAUUUCAACUCUGUAUAUAGUGACCCUCUCAGAAUUUUGUCAUUUCAUUGUUUCCAUAUCGCAUUAUAUUACAUGUCUCACCCUUGCUUGAAUAGAAUGUUGGCUCAUUCAUGUAUAAUUAUAUUUUCAAGACUGUUAAAAAAUGAAGACAAUAA